CCUUAAUUCAAUGUGCAGUCUGUGUACUUUAGGCUCACGUCCGUUGCAUCAGUCUGCGGCAUCAUCUGCAUUUUCCCACUGAAAUAUUAAACGACCAGAAAAUGCCUCAAGCAUCUGCAGACAUUUCGUUUCUUGACCUUGAAUUCGACUCGAAAGGAGUACAAAACAGGCUGUGGUAACUGGUGCAAUUUAUUUUCAUUGCACGUGAUCCUUAUUCGCCGUACACCCAUUUUGUCCACACUUUACAUGUCAUGUUGAAAGGUGAGUUUUAAAACGACAUUCUGCUAAUCUUGAAACCAAUUUCAAGUCCUUGUUCUAGGUGUCGCUGUUGACCACGUCUAAAACUUCAAACCGCGUACCAAGGUGUCCACGUGAUGGGGAAGAGCCUGCGUCUCAAGGCCAUUUUCAAAUUUCAUUGGUGAGAAUGUCAUGUGGUUGCAGAGAGACGCUGUAGGUUACGCCGGGAUUGUUUUGCUAGAUAUGUAAGCCUACAGAGGACACCUCUCUCCUUCGUAAAAACGCUCCAAAAUGUCCUUUCCCAACAGCUCUCCUGCUGUUAACACGUUUUUCGUAGAUUCUUUGAUUGGUGCGUGCAGAACAGAUUUUUACUCCAGCAGUAACAUGUACAUGCCAUCCACUGCAGAAAUGGGAACCUAUGGAAUGCAAACCUGUGGACUCCUGCCGUCUCUUGGCAAACGGGGGGAAGUAAACCACCAAAACAUGAGCAUGAACGUCCACUCGUACAUACCUCAAACUGAUAACUGGGCAGAUCCGACUAGGUCCUGUCGGUUAGAGCAACCGCUUAACCAGAUGUCCACCUUCACAUUUUCACAGAAUAUAAAAGAAGAGACAAACUGUUGUAUGUACUCCGACAAGAGAGCAAAGGUCAGCGCGUCUGAGAUACCCGCGUACUCCAACCUGAUUACCGAAUCGUGUUCCGUUGACAGUCCCGAGAUUCCGGUCCCUGGAUACUUUAGACUAAGCCAAACUUACGCGACGGCGAAAAACAUCCAGGACUAUGACAACGAGGCGAUUAAUCCAAACACCACGUUAAUGCAGCUGAACAGGGUGACUCCAAAAGCGCAGUCGACGCCCUUUGUGGAGGUGGAAAAGAAACUACCGCAAGAACGUGACACAAGGAGCUCGUCCCCGGCGCAAAGCCCGGAGCCCAAAGCCAGCGCGCAGGAGGACAAGACCUGCUCCACUGGGGCGUCUGUCUCGAGCCCUGAAUUGCCACAGAGAGAAGGGAAAGAGUCCAAAAGCGAAACGCCGACAAGCAACUGGUUAACUGCGAAGAGUGGAAGGAAAAAACGAUGUCCAUACACAAAGCACCAGACCUUGGAAUUAGAAAAAGAGUUUUUAUUCAAUAUGUACCUGACUCGGGAGCGCCGUCUAGAGAUCAGCAAAAGCGUCAACCUCACCGACAGACAAGUGAAAAUCUGGUUUCAAAACCGCAGGAUGAAACUUAAGAAAAUGAGUCGAGAAAAUCGUAUUCGUGAACUUACCUCUAAUCUCACUUUUUCGUGAGCAUGCAACAAUCAAGAAUUCACCCUCCCUCUCUUUCGGCCCAUGUUCUCGUGUGUAAUGAUAACACGAGGGCUGCGGGCAUUGUUUUGGUUACUUUCACGUUCCAAUGUUGUAAUUGUUGCUACAUCCUUGUGAUUUGUUGCUACGUCCUUAAUAGGAUUUUCAAUGUGAAGCGUUGUGUAUUUUGAAUAUGUUUCACAGGGUAUACAAAUGGUGUUGGGUCCUAAUUUAAGCAAAAGCCGACAUAAACAUAAACUGUUCGAAGCCGUUUUAUUUCCAACGUGGACCAGCAAAACUGUCGCAAGAACAGACAAAGAAGUCAUGGCUUUGGACAUGAAGGCACGUGUAAAAAGUGUGUCCAUCCUUCCACCAGUGAAAUCUAACAUCUGAAAUGAUUACGUAAUCAAUGUUUGCGAAAUACAUAUUUAAAUGUCUAUAUCAGUGCAUGUUUAUGGCAUGUGGUCAGUGGAUUAAUAAAUGAAUAAU